ACAAGAGUGUCUUUAUGUACAACAUGAGAAAGAGUGUCAUGUUCUGUGUGCGCAAACAAGCAAAUAAUAUCCCAACCUCGUUGCUUGGUUGGUUUAUUGCCAGAAUUGUUUUGUUCAACUUUUAUGGGACUUAGAACUAAUAUGGUUCUUUACACCCGUGCUCAACAAAAACAUCAUUAAAAAAAAACUCUCAUCGUAUAAUUGCUAAACCACCACAAAAACAAUGCCAUCAUCAUCUCUCUCUCAUCUUUCUCUCUCUUUCCUCCCCAAACUACCACAAACUACUCUCCCUCAAAAAUCUUAUCCACUUCACCAUUUCUCAAUAAAAUCAUCAAUCAACAACAAAACCCCACAAAAAAUCACUAAAACAAGUUCAUGGGUUAGUCCAGAUUGGCUCACUUCACUAUCUAAGUCUCUAACAACAACAGGAAAAGAUGAUGAUUCUGGUAUUCCUAUAGCAAGUGCUAAGCUUGAUGAUGUUUCUGAUCUUUUAGGUGGUGCUCUUUUUCUUCCUUUGUUUAAAUGGAUGAAUGAAUAUGGUCCCAUUUAUCGUUUAGCUGCUGGUCCUAGAAAUUUUGUUGUUGUUAGUGAUCCUGCUAUUGCUAAACAUGUGCUUAAGAAUUAUGGUAAAUAUGGUAAAGGGCUUGUUGCUGAGGUUUCUGAGUUUCUUUUUGGGUCUGGUUUUGCUAUUGCUGAAGGGUCUCUAUGGACGGCAAGACGCAGAGCUGUGGUUCCAUCUCUUCACAAACGGUACUUGUCUAUUAUGGUGGAUAGGGUGUUUUGUAGAUGUGCCGAGAGAUUAGUAGAGAAGCUACAAUCUGAUGCAAUUAAUGGAACUCCUGUUAACAUGGAGGACAAAUUUUCUCAACUAACCCUUGAUGUUAUCGGCUUGUCUGUAUUCAACUACAACUUUGAUGCACUGAAUUCAGACAGUCCUGUUAUUGAAGCUGUUUACACUGCACUAAAAGAGGCAGAGGCUCGUUCAACCGAUCUCUUGCCGUAUUGGAAGGUUAAUUUUCUUUGUAAGAUAAUCCCAAGACAAAUAAAGGCUGAAAAUGCUGUUAGUGUUAUCAGGAAAACAGUAGAAGAUCUUAUCACAAAAUGCAAAGAGAUUGUAGAGUCUGAGGGUGAACGAAUUGAUGCUGAUGAAUAUGUCAAUGACGCCGAUCCUAGUAUUCUUCGAUUUUUGCUUGCCAGCAGAGAAGAGGUUUCAAGUGUGCAAUUAAGGGAUGAUCUUUUGUCAAUGUUAGUUGCUGGUCAUGAGACCACCGGUUCAGUGCUGACUUGGACACUUUAUCUUCUAAGUAAGGAUUCUUCCGCAUUGUCAAAAGCACAAGAAGAGGUAGAUAGUGUUUUACAAGGAAGGCGUCCUUCCUAUGAAGAUAUUAAAGAUCUUAAGUUCUUGAAUCGCUGUAUUAUUGAGUCACUCCGACUUUAUCCGCAUCCUCCUGUAUUGAUAAGAAGAUCUCAAGUUCCUGAUGAACUUCCAGGUGAUUACAAAAUCAAUGCUGGUCAAGAUAUUAUGAUUUCUGUGUACAACAUACAUCAUUCUUCUAAGGUUUGGGAUAGGGCCGAAGAGUUUUUGCCAGAUAGAUUUGAUUUGAAUGGUCCAGUGCCAAAUGAAACAAAUACAGAUUUCAGAUUCAUUCCAUUUAGCGGAGGGCCACGAAAGUGUGUUGGUGAUCAGUUUGCUUUAUUGGAAGCUACCGUUGCUCUUGCAGUCUUUCUACAGCACAUGAACUUUGAGCUGGUCCCUGAUCAGAAUAUCAGCAUGACUACUGGUGCAACAAUACAUACCACAAAUGGCUUGUACAUGAAACUGAGCCAGCGGUUGAAAUAGUUAACAUUCACUUCAUCCUCACAUAAACUGUAAAAUUUAUUGUCUAUGACAAGUAGCAAUAAUUAAAUCGUUAUCAUGAUUAUUUGAUAGAAAAAUAUUUCCAGCAUUAUCAUUUA